GGCCAGUUGUAUUAGAUGUGUACAUGUACAACACAAACACCACAAAGAUUUUUGCAACACAAUUCCUGAGAUGGCGGAAAUGAGGAACAAGCAAGUGAUUCUGAAGGACUAUGUGUCUGGUUUUCCUAAAGAAUCAGACAUGAAUAUUGUAGACAGUACUAUAACUCUCAAGCUUCCACAAGGUUCAAAUGAUGUUGUUCUGCUAAAAAAUCUGUACUUGUCUUGUGAUCCUUACAUGAGAAUCCGCAUGACCAAAGACACUACUGCAGAACUUGGUGCUCUCACCCCUGGUUUUCCACUGACAGGUUUUGGAGUGUCUAAAGUUGUAGAAUCUGGACAUCCAGAUUAUAAGAAAGAUGAUUUAGUUUGGGGUAUUACUAACUGGGAAGAGUAUAGUUUGGUCCCUACAACUGGAAUGUACAAAAUUGAGCACAAUGAUGUCCCACUUUCCUAUUACAUCGGGAUUCUUGGUAUGCUGGGAUUGACUGCAUAUGUUGGUUUCUUUGAAUUAGGCAGUCCUAAGAAAGGAGAAAAUGUUUAUGUUUCAGCGGCAUCCAGUGCUGUUGGUCAACUUGUUGGCCAAUUUGCAAAAUUGCAUGGUUGUUAUGUUGUUGGAAGUGCUGGAACUAAAGAAAAGGUGGAUCUUUUGAAGAAUAAAUUUGGAUAUGAUGAAGCAUUUAACUACAAAGAAGAACCUGACCUCAAUGCAGCUUUAAAAAGGUACUUUCCAGAAGGCAUUGACAUUUACUUUGAGAAUGUUGGGGGAAAGACACUUGACGCUGUACUCUUGAAUAUGAAACUCCAUGGCCGCAUACCUGUAAGUGGAAUGAUCUCACAGUAUAAUCUCACUCAACCUGAAGGUGUCACAAAUUUGGCACAAAUCAUAUAUAAGCGGAUUCGGUUCGAGGGUUUUGUUAUAUCUGAUUACUUUCACCUUUAUACAAAAUUCUUGGAAUUUGUCCUGCCUCUUAUAAGAGAAGGAAAGAUUGUGUAUGUGGAAGACAUAGCUGAGGGUCUUGAGAAUGGUCCUGCUGCAUUGAUUGGCCUAUACAGUGGUCGCAAUGUUGGUAAACAAGUGGUUGUUGUUGCUCAUGAAUGAAUGCAGAUGCUUUCUUUAAUGUUUGUGCCUUUUCUUUCUUUCAAGUUUUUUGAGUUGUGUUACUUGUGUAUGAAGCAACCUAUAAAAGGGGUCCUUGUUAAAAAAUACCGUUUUGUUGAUGGUGUUCUUGUUAAU